AAAACAGUCACUACUUCCGUAUCGUCGUUGUGUUCAGUUGUGAUUGGAAGUGGAGUUAGGUGAAGUGUCCUCACAGCAAUGGAAACAUAAGGACUCAUUUUUAACAUUUUAACCUUCUGAAUAAUAUCGUAAGCCCGUAAUUUGGUACAUAUAUUUGGACACACCAGGAAGUUAGAGCACAGGCUGUGUGUCAAAAAGCAAAAGAAAGGAGAAAGCCAGCUAGUUUCUGAGCUAGCCCCUGCAGGUGGUCUGUCUGUCAGUGGGUGUAGGGUAGGUAACCUGAUGGAAAAUGGAUUUCCUCUGUGAAAUAGUUCAAGCCCUCGUCGCACUGGCAGCUGUAGUUUUCGUCGUGUUGCUCGUAAUAGCACACUUAACCGCAGGGAUGGUGGACCUGACACGCCAUGAGAAGGAGAAAUACUUUCUCACCGCCACUGGAGAGAAGCGGCUCUUCCCCAGUCUGCAUGAUCCCCAUUCCAGGGAGCUCUCUGUGGUGGUCCCGGCCUACAACGAGGAGCUCCGAUUACCAGCGAUGAUGGAUGAAGCUAUGGAGUACUUGGAAAACAGGCAGAAACAAAACCCCUCUUUUACCUAUGAGGUCAUCGUGGUGGAUGAUGGCAGCAAAGACAAAACCACAGAGGUUGCUUUGCGGUACACUACGAAGUACAGUGCUGAUAAAGUGCGCGUCCUGACGCUGGUGAAGAACAGAGGGAAAGGAGGAGCUGUGCGGAUGGGAACUCUGAGCUCCAGAGGGAAAGUCAUUCUGAUGGCAGAUGCUGAUGGAGCCACAAAGUUUUCUGACAUUGAGAAAGUGGAGGCUGGACUCAAUGACCUCAACCCCAAACCGGAGAACAUGGCAAUUUCAUGUGGAUCCAGAGCUCACCUAGAGAAAGACUCUGUAGCUCAGCGGUCUUUGUUUCGGACGUUCCUUAUGUAUGGCUUCCACUUCCUGGUGUGGUUCUUUUGCGUGAAGGGGAUCAAGGACACUCAGUGUGGCUUCAAGCUUUUCACACGUGAGGCUGCACUCAAGACCUUCUCCUCUCUCCAUGUAGAGCGAUGGGCUUUUGAUGUGGAGCUCCUGUAUAUUGCCCAGUGUUUUAAAAUCCCCAUAGCUGAGGUGGCAGUCAACUGGACUGAAAUAGAAGGGUCCAAGCUGGUACCAUUUUGGAGCUGGCUGCAGAUGGGACGAGACCUGGUUUUCAUUCGCCUGCGCUACAUCACCGGAGCCUGGAAACUGCAGUCGUCGCAUAAGACUGAUUAGCCAAUCAGACGAGCCCUUGUAUCAUAGAGACGGCCUAUGAUACGGCCACCAAGCCUUUGGGUGGUUUGGGGGGGGGGAAGCGUUACAGCUGUGUCCAUCAUUCACUGUAAUCAGAAGCAAAGCACGGUGUAUCAAUACUUCUCCUUUCCAGGCAUCACUGGAUGUGAAGUAAUGACACAGUUGUGGUUUCCUCCUGGAUCCUGCCUUUAUUUUUAUUUGAUUACUGUUUGUUAUGGCUUAUGUUAAAAAAAAAAAAAUCUGUUGCCAUGGGUUACAGAACAUCUCUGUGGCUCGUCCUUGAACUAAGUUACAUCAUGUUGUGCCCAGUCAGCCGCGAGAAGGACUUUUAGUGGUGUUAUGUGGAGGACUAAUUUUAUUUUGUAGGGUUGAUGGGCUUAAUGACAUGAACAAGAAUAAUAAAAAAGUCAGUGAUUUAUGACUCGAUAAUUGUUAGUAACUAAAGCUGCAACAAUAGGUUGAGCUACAGAACUGUAACUGACAACUGUUGUUAAUUCAAAAAAAUAUGAGCAUUUGAUUGAUUUUGAA